AUUUUGGUAAAAUCGGAUGUGCAAUUGAGGGGUUUAUAAAUCGCGUAGGCAUUAAGCACAGGAUUGCAAAAAUCCGAUCAGAAAACAGCAUCGAACCCGUCGUAGCAGAAAAACUUGUCACCAUGGUUUCUUCCGACAAGGAUCCACGAGAGGAUGUCCUUCAAGCCUGGUACAUGGAUGAUAGUGAUGAAGAUCAAAGACUCCCCCACCACAAAGAACCCAAGGAGUUUGUCUCGUUGGACCAACUUGCUGAACUUGGAGUCCUUAGCUGGAAACUAGAUGCUGAUAACCAUGAAAAUGAUCCAGAGCUGAAGAAGAUUCGUGAAGAGCGUGGUUACACCUACAUGGAUGUUUGUGAGGUCUGCCCAGAAAAGUUGCCAAAUUAUGAACAGAAAAUCAAAAGCUUCUUCGAAGAGCAUCUUCACACUGAUGAGGAGAUCCGCUUUUGUGCUGCUGGAAGUGGCUAUUUUGAUGUUAGGGAUCGCAAUGAAGCUUGGAUUCGUGUGUGGGUCAAGAAAGGAGGAAUGAUCAUCUUACCUGCCGGAAUUUAUCAUCGCUUUACGCUAGAUGAGAGCAACUACAUUAAGGCUUUGCGUUUUUUUGUUGGUGAGCCAGUUUGGACUCCAUACAAUCGUCCAAAUGACCAUCUCCCUGCAAGACAACAAUAUGUCAAGGAUUUUGUGGAAAAGGAUGUUAGCAACCAUGCUGUUGAUGCCGCCGCGUAAGAUCUGGUUCUGCCUAAUCAUAGUACCACAUGAAAAGGACCAAGACUUUGUUGCUAAAGUAAGGUUUGAAAAAAAGAAAAUAAUGGUGUCUUUAAAUAAAGGGUCCUGGCUUGUUAUGCCUUGAUGUACCCUCGCCAGUGUUUUUGUUGCCUGUCCCUGUAUAAAGAUUGCAUUGUAUUAUUAUUAGAAUUGGGUACAGAAUAAACAUAAGCAUAUGUUAGUAUGCUGAUGUAUAUUUAUGUAUGCUUGGGCUGUAUUUAAAUUUUACGAGAUAAAAUUGAAGCGGGAGAACCUAGCCUAAAAUAUAGGUGACGUCAUAGAUAGAUGUGGUUUAGUGUGAUGCUAAUAUUUUUCAUGAUGAAUAUCUCAUGCGCUUUAAAGUUGUCCAUCAAGUAUUAGUUUUUCCAUCUGUGGAAAAGAAACAGAUUGCACUUAAGUGUU